CAGCUUGUACUUGUGGCCAGUGAGUUGACGCUUGACAAACUCCUCACAGCGAAGUCAAAAUCCUCAUCUAGCCUCUCACCUGCUAGUUCACCGCGUGGGUUAGUGUGUGUGGCCUGUCUUGUUUAUAUUCUGCUGAUUGUUUGUUUGUUUGUUUGUUUUUUUACAUUUUCAGUCACUUGUUGGUUCUCUCUUUUUCUUUUUAUUUAUAUAUUCAUUGAUUGAGAAUUGAUUGUAUGAUUUGUUGGUUUCUUGGGAAAAAAAGUUAUCUUCCUCACGAUUGAAGUCACUCAUUAUCACCAGAGUUUCUGUCAGUUUUUGUUAGUAUCGUGAAUUAAGUAGGAAUGUUGCUUCUUAUCCUCUCCAAGGAUGCUAGUUCAUCGCAAAUUGUCUCCCCUUGCUUUUCACCAGUAUUCAGUUUUCAGCUGUACUUCUUGUUGGACAGAGGCAAUAUUAGGGGAGGGGGGGUGGGGGGUGUCCAUUUUCGCCCGCAGAUGUAAGCCCUCUGGUUCAGAUCCGCUGCGGAAAUGAACCAGGAGUUUAAAUCUAGGAGGGUUGUUGUUAUUUUAUAGUGGUGGUGUUGUUGUCUCGCCUUGGAAAGUCGGCGGGUUUUCCAGUCAGUAUUUGGCAACAGAUGUGGAGUAUCUUCACCGCAUUAGCUGUGAUCAGAGCAUUCAUGGAGACUUCACUUUAGAAAUGGCCAUUAGAGGUAGUUGCAUCACUUGUGAAGAUAUUAUGGUGUUCCUUUGAAAGCUGCUAAUUUUAUCUGAGGAGAAAUAGUCCGUGAACAUAACUGAAUUAAUUUGGGUAGAAAGGCUGAAAACAGCUGGUCUUGUGUAAUGUGAUCGCCCCUGUGAGGAGAGUCCUUACUGGAACUGUUGACGGUAACGUUAACUGAUGUUUCAAUAAAGAAAAGGCAUCAUCAGAGUCAAGUUACCCUUGAGUGCUAAUUAUGUACUAGAAGUACUUAUCUCUCUUUUCUCCUGAUACAUCUGUAUUCAUUUUCUUUACAUUUCCUAAGGUGCUGACUAGGAUAAUUUGUUCUUCUUCUUUGAUUUGUGAUCAUUUCCUCUAUCCUCGCGACUUUUAUAUUUGAUUUAAGCGUGAUACUGUCGGGAGAAAUUAUAUGUCAGCCACCAUUAGGGUUCAAAGGGUUAAAUGUCACUGUAGUCGUAGAUACUUCUUGAAAUAAACCUAGUUGUCACUUUUGUUCCAUGCAGUGAACUGGAUGCGAGCAAGAUAUCUUAUGCUACAAGGUCAAAUGGAUUAUGCCAUGAUGUACCUAGACAGGGUGAGUUAAGCUCCCCAACCUCAUAAAGGCGUAGACCACGAACAGCUUCCAUUUCCCAGCUUUGUACGUCGAGCGAAUCAAAAGUAAAUCAAGGAAAAAAAAAGUAGAGGCUUAGUGUGGCCAUUUCUUUUCACUUACGGGACGGACGAUCAGACUUUGAAAAAGUAGCGAGGGAAAAUUGCUGCCGCAUUUCGCAUCGUUUGGUAGAGUUGCAAAUACCUUUUGUUUCUCAGCAGUUCAACUAUUUUGUAUGUGAAAAAAGACUCAACCACGCUAAAAAUUCUGUAUUAUAUUUCAGUCAUGAAUGCUUUCUCUCCUCAGACUUCAAAGUUCUUAGAGCUAAAGGUCAAUUCUAUUGAGGGACCUACCACCGUCAAGCUAGUGAACUGUAAAGUUGAUAACCUUGUUACAAUCGGUACGCGAUAUCUUUUAUAUUCCUAUGCCUCUUAGGUAAAAGAGCGCUUUUCGAGUAAGUGUCGUUCAACCAAAACCAAAGUAAUCACAACGACCAAUCAGAGCGAAGCAAAAUACCCUAAGAGCCAACGAGAACUCAACAUGAAAACAAGAGAACUGCCUUAAGCGCGGGAAAACGCUGGUGACCAAGUCGCGAUUGGUUUUAGUUUUGCAUCUGAUUGGUGGAGAAAGCGGAGCGAGAAGGAAGGAAACCAAUGCAAUUUGGGAUUAAUUUCCACACUAAAGUGAAACGUGCUUCGUCGGGUCAUGGUGACUGUCAUCACUGGCGGCUUUAUUUAAUGUUGCAUGAAGGAGAUUUUAGAGUCUACUUUUGUUAAGUCAUUAUUAAAUUCCUUGAUUUUAUCGUUGGAAAUUCUGGCUGAGUCUUAAAGUUGUGUCUUUAACCUCUGAUUUGCUUUUCAAUAAUCUGAGUCGUUCUCGCUGGUUCUUCACGAGCACAUAUUGAUGUUUUUAGUUACGCAUUUUCUUCCGCGUGUUACACGCCCUUUAUCUGCUUUUUUUCCUUCAAAGAUCAAGUCCAGAAGAAGUUAGAAUCGCUACAAAGGUGUCAGUCAUUAGAAGAGGUAUGCUCGCAAUGUGUAUCAUUAGUGCACGAAGCCAAAAAAAGAGGCGCACAUAAAUUCUUAUUUAAUUAUCUUUUUAUGUAUUUUUUCUUUUCUUUCGUUUCUCAGAAAUAAAUGCUUUAAGAGACUCUAUCUGUUUUAGUACAAUCAGUAUUCUUUGUUUUAAUUUCAAUUGUUAAUAUCACUUUGUAUCGAACUGAGGCUUCAGACAUCAAUUUCCGCCGGUCCACUUUACAUUUCUCUUCCUUGGCUUUAUCUUUUUUUCUUUUGUCCUUUCUUUCUUUCUUUCGUUCUUUCUUUCAUUUGUUAGUUAAUUGGUUGGUUCAUCCGCUCGUUCAUUCGCUCGAUAGUGGGAUAUUUAUUUUGUUUCACUUGUUGUUUAAUUUGCUCAUUUCUUUGUCACUGAACAAUCUCUUCAUCCAAUGAAUCAUAUCACUCGUCUUGUUGUGUGUCCAGGUUCACCGUUUGUACGAGUCAGGUUAUUAUGAGGAUGUGGUUCAACUUCUGAUGCCCACACUCCAUCAACCACAGCCUAAAACCAAGGUAUGAUCACUAACAGUAUAUGUCGUGUUUUCCCGCGCUUUAAGUAGCUUACUUGGUUUUACUUUGCGAUCUUAUUGGCUCCUUGUGAUGGUUCAAUUCCUCUGAUUGGCUCUUGCGAUUCUUUUGAUUUUGCCGGGUUUUGCGACACUUCUUUGAAAUCCGCUAUAACAUUAAUGCGCAAGAAAUGAGUGUUUCAGCUGCUGUUUCGAAGAAAGCAUCGACUUAGCGAAAAAGACUGAUCGAACGAUUACUUUUAGUUAUCUUAUAUUAACGUAAAUUUGCAAUGGACACAGGAACAAAUUUGAGUUCACAACUGAAUUACGUUUUCAAAUAACUCUACUCUUUCUUCAUCGGUAGGUUGGUGAACUCGGCAUGUCUAUACCUGAGAGGCCGGCUCAGCUGCUGCUACUACAGGACUCGCUUAUUAAGCUCAAGGAUUACGAGGUUUGUGAACCUUUACGAUUAUGUCUAUCUAGGGUUUGCUGUGGAAUCCAUUGUGGUUACAAUACCUGUACCUGUCACUGAACUUGGUAUGAGACCAAUGUUUUUGUCUGACACAAUUGCACACAAUCACUUAGUCAAUUUUAUAAGGUGACCUAACUCCUCUGCUCUUUGUGGGUUCGCGACUGAGUUUGCACUUCACAAUAUUAAACAGGAAUUUCUAUAAGUACAGUUCAAAAACUCUCUCUUCAUGACGAAACCUUGUUUUAAGUUUAGGCACGUGAUCAAGGUGACUCUUAGUGAGUGUAAAUUCUUUAAAACUUUUGCCGUCUUUUAAAUUUGCAUUCGUAUGUACACGUAUUCAAGGAAAAAGCCCUAAUAUUCAAGUUACAACCUGUGUCUGCUUCACCCUCUCCUUUUAGCCAACCCACCCCACCCCCUUCCCUCCUUGGUUUACCACUAAAGUGAUAUGUUCAACGUCAUCAGUGGAGUCACUGUGAUUUAAUGCCUUUUUUCAACAGCUCAUACAAUUUUUUUCCGGAGUUUAGUCAGCAAAGUCUCACCUGUUCAUUUUUUUUUUUACAUCACAUGUUCAUUGUGUUUUGUUACCAAUGCCUCACAUGUUCAAUAUGCUUUGUUAGCGAUGUCUCACGUGUUCCGAGAUAGCCCUGAACGAGGCCGUGUCACAGAUGAGUCCUUGCGAGGCUUGGUCCACAACUCUCUCCAGGCUCUUUGGUUGCAUUGAUAGGUGAGGUCUGGCACCAUGCCUGUGAUUGACUCUGACUUUCCAAAGUAAUCAGCUUAUGAAUCUCCCAACAUUUCCAUUACACUUUAGAGCAGAAAGUCGAUAGAACGUACGAAAAUCGUCAACCAGAGCAUGUUGUUCAGAUGAAAUACGAAACUCUCAGAACUAGGCGGUUAUAAUACACGUUCAGAAGAAUAUGUUGUCGUUUUGUUUGUUCUAUUAUAUCAAGAUAUCAAGAUCAAAAUCUGUUUGUUAGAAAUGUGUAAACGUUUUUAUCCAGUAGAACAGAGUAGUUGAUUAGAAUCCGAAACUUGUAUUUUCCAAGCUAAGAUGUAAUUUGUUGUAUUGAUUAUUGUUCUCGGAGUGGAGAUCGUAGCGUGUUUACGUUUAGUAUGCGACGAAAAAGUCUGCAAUUUCUCUUGGUUUCUUCCUUAAAGGAGUAUUCAGGAAGGUGAUAACAUACUGGACAAGAUUCCUCAGGAUAAACUGUGUAGACUGACUAACAACAUCGUCAAGGUAGAGAGAUACUUAACCCCCCUUACACCCUAACAUCAGUAUGUAUAUUCUCCAUACUGAUCUCUACACAUUUCUUAUAGUGCUGACAAGGAGAAUUUGUUGAACGAUAAAGGACUUCCGUUAUUCUCGUGACUUCAAUGUGUGUUAGGAGAAGUUAGAUGCCAGUCAGUCUAAGGGGUCAAAAGGUCGAAGGUUAUAGUGUCUUGAGUACUUGUAGGUCAAGAAGGUUAGAGAAAGUCAUAGAAUGUUAUGAUUUUGGAAAGAGUACAAACCCUGUUCACGCAACGCACCUUGUGGUGAUUUGUUCCAAGACGUAAAAACACUAUGUUCGUCUCUUUGCUUUCAGGUUCUAGAGGCAUCCAUGAACUCUUCCGACAGUAGUUCUGAUCCACCGUUAGCAACUGCGAAACCUUGGGUACUACUCUACAAAAUCACUGAACAGUAAGUUUAGAUUGAUUCAGCUUUACAGAAAAAUGGGUCGCAUGAGUAAUACACACUGCAGCUCUACUAUACCACAUAAUUAUCUUGAUUUCUCACUUUCAGUCAAGAGAAGUACAAUGAGACAGUGGACAGUUCGUCAAAGACAUGUGCACCUCCGACUGUUCCUCCACCUGAAGACUCCCCAAUGCCUGAAACACUAAACACUGACAGCAAUAUGAGCAGCGUUGAUGUGAUACGUGAGGUGCCUGCAAGUAACCUAUCUCCAUCGCUACAGUUUCUGCGCAUAGCACAUGAACAUCUCGGAAGGUAAGGAAGACAAUCUGUAGUCACAGGGAAGAGUUUCAUAAGGUAGGAAGGUAUACCUCGAUAUCUUCUGGUGUCAUCUCAGCAAAAGCAUAAUCAUCGGUCACUCCGAGACAUACCUUCGGGGUGGAAGUCUUUUUAAAUGUUAUUUCAUUCAACAGUUAGCUGUCUGUUUCUCCUCAAAUUGUCAUUAUCUUUCCUCUUCUUUAAAGACGUGGCUGGUGUUGUAAUAACGAGGGAGUUUUUUUGUUGCUUAAAGUGGAGGUUCUGACAAAGGAGCUUGCCAAAGCGACGGUUUCCGCCAGAGAGGUUUGUUCUACUAUUACCUGAACACGUUUAGUGGGCUUAUUAGUAGCAAGACCAAGAUGAUCAUGAUUUGAGGUGACCCCAUUUGUUUUCCCGCUUUCACCUCGUCACGUGUUUAUUUAUCAAGUUCUUAUUGGCUCUUAGCACCUACCCGGCUCGUGUGAUUGGUUUUGUAUUGUAAGGUCUUAUUUUUCAGCAAUGUAACUCAGGAGAAUAAAUCAAAAUGCUUGAUUUUCAUAUAUAGGUGUCCGUUUGUUUGUUUUUUUACAGGAGAUGGUUCGUGAUCUUGAGCAGUGUUUCCUUUGUCUUUAUGGGCAUCCUUCUAAGAAAGCGAAGGUGUGAAAUUUUCGUUUUGGCGAAUUUUUGUCUACCAGCGAAAGGUUCCUUGUGUUGCAGUGAUGCGGCCUGUUAGCCUUCAAUCAGUGACACACGUCUUGGAAUGUUAACUUUUUACCCUUACUUGGCAGCUCGCCGGCUUCCCCUCUCGAUAUCGUUUUGGGAAAGGGGCGCUUACAAAUCGAUUAAGAACUUUUAAAAUCAAAGAACUUUGUCAAGGAACUGUUUUCAACUCAGCGUCUGAGUUACCUUUCUUAAUGAUUGCAGACGAAGUGCUUCACAAUCUGCAAUAACUCAAGGCUUCUGUAUUUACUGAAAUUUCUGAUUUGCAAUGGAUCUUGUCCAAAGCUUUUGUUUUACGUGCCAAUCUAUUCUCGUUUCAAUUUCGAGCGGUAUUAAGAUACAACUACUAACACUGUUUCUUUUUCUCAAGGCUCGCGGCUUACAGGAACACAAUUCCUCUCAGGUAUGGUUUUGAAUCUCCUGCCCAUUUUUUUUUUUCUUGUUUCGAAAGUAAUAAUUGGUCCUCUUUCCUCUUUGCCCUUUCAUUUCUCUUCCCUUCAUAACCCUCAAGGGGGGAAAUUGGGAAGAGAAAGAAGAAGCCUCACACUAAUUGAAUUGGGCAAUUUAUUAAUUAUUUUUUGUUUUUGUUGCUGGUUCAGAUCGCGCUGACGUGGAGCAACUCAGUCGGAGUAUUUGAUUACUUCAAGCCCCCACAGCCUCCCACGUUUGACAGUAAAUCCAACACUAUCUCGGCAGAGGUAACACGAUCACUGAUCUCUCCUUGUACUAUCAUUUCUAUUUUCUCUGUCGUUUUCUUGUAAGCAAUAUAUUUGUGAGACUCUUAUACGGAAACAAAGGACUAACUUCUCCUCGCUCCAAAUGUUUGGCAUCGUAGCUCAGUUGGUAGUCGCGCCAAUUUGCUCUCUGGGAGGCUUGGGUUCGAAUCCCGUAGAAGCCUGGAUAUUUCAGGGUUCUUCUUGCGAUUUCUCUGAUCUUUUAACCCCUAAGAGUUAUCGGCAUGUUAUUCCUCCUUACAAUAUCACUGAUGAAUCAAACAUUAAGGCCAUGAGACUAAGGGGAAAUGAUCACCCAUCAGAGAGGCUCUUGAUUGUUGAAGAAAUUCUCCUUGUCAGUACCGUUGGAAUUGUAUCGAAAACAGUAGAGAGAAUAUGCCCACCGAUCUUAGGAUGUAAAGGGUUAACUGCGGCUCAUAUACAAGGAUCAUUUUCUUUACUUGUUAUCAUUACUAUCAUAUCAUUCGUGGCUAAUGUGACGCGGUGUUAUGCUACGCGAAAAUUACAGUCACGUGGGUGUUCGCUAUAAAGACGAAAAACUUUACAUGUCAUUUACCAAUUUGCAAAUGCUGCCCAGCAAUUUCAUGCGCAAAAGUAUGUUUGGUUAGAUGAAUCACUGACCACAAAGUAGUUGACCCUGUCUGUAAUGCUGGACGUGCCUGGUUUGUUACAGGUACAGAAUCUCCUCCGCAGAAUAACGUUGGUAAUCCCACAGCAGGAACUUGAAGGUUUGUCCUCUUUUAAAACAUUAAUCUGCCUUUCAAGUGUGAAAUCCUACUGUUUGAUCAGAACUUGGCACGAAUUUUAUCCUCCCUUUACUCCUCUUGAAGGGUUUAGUGUUGGUUUCCCUGUGUCUUGGUUUACAACGAGUCUCAUCGUCAUAUGGUCAGUCUGCCUGGUUUUCAGUCUGUCUUUUUGUUUGCCAGGCUACCUGUCUCUAGGUCUAUCUAUGCGCGAACCUCUGUCUCUUUUUCGAGUCAAUUAGCUCUCACAGUAGUUAUUUCGUGUAAUUGCCGCCGGGAUGUUCUCAAUUUGCAGUGUGGGAUUUGAAUUUUUUUCAACAGCUAUCAGUUUUGAAAGCGUCCAGUCGUUUAUUGAGGGCGGGGAUGAGCCAAUUCCUAAGUUGCCUGAUCGUCUAGUAGGCGUUAAAAGGUAAGCAAUGUCCUCAUUUCUGGUCUCUGUAAUUCUUCAGUAUGCUAAGCUGACUUGUAUGUACCGCUCUUUUUUUUUUUUUCUUUUCUCCACAGACCUGUGAUAAACGAAAUAUUUUAUCUCCUCGCUGAUUUCUACUUCAAGAACAAAGAAUUUAGGUGGGUAGUGUAAACUUGACGCCACACUAGAAUUAAAAACAGAUUUUACUAAAAUACCAAUUCUUGGUUAGUUGAAGGCCGCGGAAAAUGCGUCAUAUUUUGGCGCAUUUUAGGUGAGCCAAGGCAAGCGCGAGGCUACUGCGAGGUUAGCUGAAGAGUUUGGAUUGAGUGAUUCUAAAGUCAGUUGGAAUAUGAAAUGAAACAAAAAGAAUGUUUGCCUUUUUAGAUAUAGCUCUCUGAAAACCAAAGCUGCCUAGCUUAAAGUGACUAUGAAAGUUGUCGUGGAUGUCAAACUAUCAUCACUUCUGUUCUUUCCAGCAAAGCCCUCAAGUUCUACAUGCACGAUGUAUCUGUCCAGCCCGACAGAGCUGAUACCUGGGCCGCUAUGGCUCUCGCUCGUAAAAGGAGACUGGAAAACAAGUUAAACGCGGUAAAUUGUUAAUCUGCUGUUCAUUGAAACUUAGAGCGCCUCAAAAUUGAGCACCGUAAAAGGAAAACCACACUAUUUACAACAGCCAAUCAGAACAAAGGAAAAUUUUCACACAGCGCCAUCCGGCGAUAAGCGCGGGGAGUACGAGUGACGUAGGCAGGAUUGGUGUUAAUUUUGCAUCUGAAUGGUUGAUAAAAUACUGCGCGUUUUCAAGUUCAAUUGUAGAAAUUAGAGAGUCAAACCCAAUGCAAAGCCAUAUUAUUAUCGAUCCCCAAUGGAAAAUUUGUUUUCGUAUGUUAGCAGUCGUCGCAAUCAUAACUUUUUUUUUAAAAGAUCAUGUGGUUGAUUUUUAGUGUGAACCUAAAAGUGAAGGACCGAUACAAAAGCUGGCUGUGUCAGCUCUCAGGUAA